AUGGAGUUCCUGCUACUUGGGGGUGCCCUGGUAGCUCUUCCCUGCGAUGUAUCCGACUACAUGGUUCACACAGAAUCAUCGGUCAGUACCUUACUCCAUAUCAGGGUCCACAGACAAACAGAGAAUCAGGCCGACGUUGUCCCGCACGGCAUGGUUCGGCACUGCCGCGCGAAAUCUUAA